CUUUUCUUCAUAUACGACACAUUCGGCAACAACUCCACGACCAUGCAUCCUCUCUCUUCAUCUGCACCCAUCCCACCAUACAGACCAAAACGUGGUCAUGUCUGUGCCGUAGUUUCGAGCAUGCUGGCGCCGUUCCGAAUACUCUUCAGCGAUGACCAGGAAGGGUCUCUGACGUCGCGAACGGAAGACAGAACCCUCGGUACUUUUGGGAUGGGUCCUAAAACUCGACCUUGUGUCGUCAUGACCGCUGCACCCGGGGAGGAAGUCACAAUCUGCUUGAUGGCUACCUGGGGCGGCGAUUCUGAAAAAGAAUUGCCGUAUGCGUAUGAACACUUCAGCGUACUCGUCAAUCAGACCGCUGCUAACGAUCACGAUGAAAACGUCGUUCACACGACACCGCGGUGGCGCGUCAAGUCUGAAACUGAACAGCCACAGCACUUGGUUACGAUCUCCUUCAUACCCCAUAGGAUGUCAUUCGAGCGGUGGGAAGGGAGGGAUCGUGUGUACCACAUGGUCGACGAAGAGCAGAUCAACCGAAUUUCCGGCUUUCAAGAUGCCCGUAUACGGACCUGGAAUCAACGCACUGAGGAUGAACCAGGAUUCCUAGAGGAAGAACGGAUAAAAUGGGCGAAACAUCGUUUUUUACUAUCAUGGAAGGCGUCAAUCAAUAGAUCCCACCAUCCAGAUCCGGAAAUCAGGGCCCCCACAGGCAUGGGAUUAGCCCGCAAAUUUCAACAGGAAAGGAUGUCCGAGUCGCAGACUCUGGGGUCACCAUGGUAG